AGAAAAGAAAAGAAAGCAACCCUGUGUCUCUGAUCUUGAGACCCUCAAACCCAACCAACCAGGGUAAAGCACCGCACUCCCCCUCCUAUCUCUAUUCUCAUUCCAUUCCAUACUGCAAGCAUUGGACUUGGAUUAUGUCUCAAUCACAAAUGGAUGAAAACGCUUCUGCUUCUAUGAGUGAAGAUGGAGACGUGGAUCAAAUUGUGGAGAGUUCUAAUGGUAAAGAGUUGGCAAUUAGUGAAGCAAGUUCUGAUAUGGAACCAUGUGUAGGCAUGGAGUUUGAGUCUGAAGAGGCUGCCAAGGUGUUCUAUGAUGCAUAUGCUACGCAUGUGGGGUUUAUCAUGCGCGUCGAUGCAUUUCGACGAUCAAUGCGUGAUGGGAAGGUUGUUUGGCGUCGACUUGUUUGCAAUAAAGAAGGAUUUCGUAAGUUAAGACCUAGAAGAAGUGAAAACAGGAAACCUCGAGCAGUCACAAGAGAAGGGUGUAAGGCAAUGAUAGUUGUGAAGAAAGAGAAAGCAGGAAAAUGGGUUGUAACAAGAUUUGUAAAGGAGCACAAUCAUCCCUUGGUACCUACACCCGCCAAUGGUCGUCGGACUGUGCUUUUAUCUCAAACACCGGAUGAGAAAGAUGUAAAGAUCCGAGAAUUGACCGCUGAGCUACAACGAGAGCGAAAGCGAUCUGCAGCUUAUCAAGAACAGCUUGAUAUGGUUUUGAGAGAUAUGGAGGAGCAUUCCAAUCACUUAUCAAGAAACAUUGAUGACAUAGUUCAAAGUGUAAAAGAAAUCGAAUCAAGGAGGUAGCUUCUGUUGGUCUUGUUUGAUAUUCUAGUUGGCUUGUCUCUGUACAAUUUCUUUGAGAUGCUGUUACCUUUUCUCCAAAAUGUAGUCUGAAUCUGUAGUUUCAGCUGAAAUGUCCUUUACUUCAUAUCA